AGGGGUGGAGGGGGUGCUGUAAGCCUCGCUUUCCGCCGCCUUGAACGGGGCCUUUCCACAGGCGAACAUGGGCACAUCUGGGGCCGCGAGGGACACGGUUCCCCUUCCGCGGAGUUUUGUGCCUGAUCGGUUUUAGCCCACAGAGUUGGAUUUCCAGUUCCCACUUCUAAUAUCGAUGGUCUUGAAAGUACGUUUGGAUCCAAGACGCUUUCUAUCACUGAACAAAUCAAGAGCAUCCUCUCAUAUCCCAGACCAGUACAGACAUCUUAAUAUCAUAUGACCUCAUUUCUCCAAAUUAAAUGAAAAAAGAAUUUUCCUCAGUUUUCCAUGAAGCUCAGCUAUUGCCUGUUAAUUUUGACUGUUAGUGCUGAUCUUUCAAUUGGAUUUACACUGGAAAAUGUAGCUUUUAACAGGACAGUUGGUUUUGGGUCUUUCAAUGCCUCGCUUCAUGCAGUGUCUCAGGCUUUAGUCAGUUCUCCAGCACACCACGAUAUCAUAGCCAAAGAGGGGACCAGUGUUUUAAUUGAAUGUAAACUGAACAUCAGCCAGUAUGAAUAUAUUCUUUGGUAUAACUCCAGAGGACACCUGCUUGAACAGAAGGAUGAAGGUGGCCGGUGGAGGAUUGCUGACAAUUCCCUUAACAUCACAAAGGUCAACUUUGCUGACCGGGGGCGAUACACGUGUGCAGCUGUUAAUCACAAUGACACCUCCUAUUACACAGUCACCCUGAGGGUUAUCUUCACCUCAGGAGACAUGAGUAUCUACUACAUGAUUGUGUGCCUUGUUGCCUUUGCUAUCACCCUCAUUUUAAACAUAACCCGUCUGUGCAUGAUGAGCAGUCACCUCCGCAAGACAGAGAAGGCUAUCAAUGAGUUCUUCAGGACGGAAGGGGCUGAGAAGCUUCAGAAGGCUUUUGAGAUAGCCAAGCGUAUCCCUAUCAUUACAUCUGCCAAAACACUAGAGUUGGCCAAAGUCACUCAGUUUAAGACCAUGGAGUUUGCUCGGUACAUUGAAGAGCUCGCCAGAAGCAUUCCUCUUCCACCUCUGAUCCUUAACUGCAGGGCAUUCAUGGAGGAGAUCUUUGAGGCUGUACGAGUUGACGAUCCCGAUGAAGUUGGUGAGGAGGAAAAACAGCCCCAAGCCUGUGGUACCCAAGCUGUGAUUUACCCCAGCAACCCAGAGAUCAAGCGCAGCGAUUCGCCGGCUGGGGAUUCAGAUGAUGGGUCCAUGAAUGAACAAGGUCAAGAGAUAGCCGUUCAGGUGUCCAUUCACCCGCAGUCGGAAGUGCAGAGCAUCGACACUGUUUCUCAUGACAGCUGCCAGUUUGCACCUUCUGAGGAAGGCAUCUGCUGAGUCCAGCAAUAUGCAGCUGUGAAAGAAGCACAGGGGACCCUUGGAUACUGCAAGUAGAGGGUCUGCAAACAAGCUGCCUCGGUCCUAUAUGCACAAAUUUUCCAAGCUGCGAAGUGCCAGAACUGCUACUGAAAUCUGUAUUAUAUUCUGUCAGUGUUGAUGUAACAAUUUCAAGUCUGUUCAAGAAGGCCAAUUGGAAUAUUGUGCAGUGGCUUUUCUUUUUAAAACAAGCUUGCUAUACUUAAAUUAUUUACGAAAUAGGAAUUCUUUGUCCUUGGCUCCUCGGUACCUUCUGAUACUUGUGAUCUGUAUUAGAAGUGGCUAAGCUGAGCAGUACAACUUGCAAUAAAGUCUUUUCCUUUGUGAACUCUUUCUUCCUUCACAAAGUGGAGCCAGAAUUCCUUUGAGUUAGUGGUGUUGUCCUGAUUAACUGAAUUGUGUGCUCAUUUGGAAUUGCCUCUUGGUGCAUGUAGCCCAUUGGAACCAUGGUGAGCUUGAACAAAUCUGUUUUAUGUUGUGUGCUUCUAUGUUGCUAUCAAAAUGUACUGUACUGUACUUAGGAAAAGAACAGAUCUGCUGCUGGAUUAAGUGAAUUAUUGCUGUUUCAAAGCAGCGUAGAAAACAGCCGGGAGGUCUCAGUUUUCCUUGCAUCUGCAGAAAACUUGUGGAUGCUCUGAUGGACAGCAGAUUAUUGUUACAAAGCUUGUUGCUUAAACUUGGUGCUGACUGCCAAAGCGCCUUACCCUGGUUCUGUCUUACAGACUGGAGCAGUAGCGGCAUUUUCUUUCUUUUGACUUGGAUUCCACUUGCUAUAGAAAAUCCGAAGUUUUAUAUUGUAUUUGACAUUGUUGUGAGAAAAGAAUUGACAGUAAUCAUGUAGUGGCAAAAUUUAAAAAUUAGUUAAUCUACAGCUCAGGUGUCUCAGGCAAUUCUUUCUGAACAGCAUUAAGGUAAAGGAGGUGAAAAAUAGUGACGCAUUGCUUGGUGAGUACUUUGAGAAGGCACUGGAAAAGAGUGGUGAGUGGUGGGGCUGGCUGAGCUCUUUGCCAGUCACUGUUUAUAGGAGUGGAGUAACUGCCCAUGCCCUGUCUUACCUGCUGAGGAGGGGUGGCAGGUGAGGGAGGUGUGGGUGCUGACACAUGGACACAGCGUAAGAACUUCACUGAGGAUCUACCACAUGGCUUCCUCAGCCACAGAGAUCCAGCCUCGAAGAAUCAAGGGUGCAGAUGAGAAUCUUGUUUUUUCUUUCACUCUUUGGUGGAGAUUGCUGAUUUUUUUUCUCCAUAACAUUUGUUAAGUUGUAUCACUUAAACAGCAUUUUAUAUCCUGUUGAAAUUUAGUAGAUGUAAGGCUUGUAAGCACUCCACAAAUUAAUUUCUUACAACUACUGGAAGCAUAUUGCCAUAUAAUUUUAACAACUUGGCAACAGGAGCACCAUUUAAUUUCCCACAACUCUUUUUUUUCUUUCCUUAUUAUUACAGAAAUGUCAGUUGAACAAGUGAUUCUGGAUGGCUGCUCAGGAUUCGUAAGAGGAUUUGACAUUAUAUUUAUAUGAGUAGAGAUGGAGAACGAGCAGCCACAGUGGGAAUAACCGGGUGGAGCCGUCUGUUGUAAUACAUGCUCGUAACAAAGGGUCUGAACAAAUUAUAGUUAUGGAAUCCUGUCAGAGGUUGGGGAACUGAAGUGUCUAUUACCAUUUUAAACUACCUUCUGGGGAAAGAUCUGGGUUCUGCCACCAGUAAAUGUAGCCUAGUUGGCUUUGGUGUGAGAUGAGAACAGUGUCAGGAAGGAAAAAGACUAGUUAUAAUGGUGUUCUCACCAGGUUUGUGUCAUUUCCAAUACUGCAGCAAACUUUGUCUGCUUCAGGGGAAUCAAGCCUUCUGUAGAGACUUAGAGUGGCUACUGCUCUCAAUAGUAACUUCUUUUCUUCUUCCAUAGUUUGAUGGCACUUUAUGUCCAGGUGAAAAAUUUGUAAAAUUUUGUUUGAUCUGUCUAAGUUUUUUGAGGUGAUCAGUGUUAAAAGUGUGAAUAAAUGCCUAGUUCUCUUAGAAGCCCUGCUAAGAUGCUGCUGGCUUUACUUCUGUACUAUGAGCUCUGCAGGUUCGUUGCACAUGCAUGAGUGGAGAUUUGAGGGUUUGCACUAUUUUGGAUGUCCUAGUGUAAAGAGGUGAAGGCUACAAGAGAGAAUGACCUGUUCUAACCUUCUUUGUGCCACAGGCCAUCAGGAUUGUACCUGCAUCUGCCUUUUUUUCCGCAUAAACAGCUCUUCUUGCUUCUGUGAAACUGUUGCAUUACAUGUGGCAGUAGUAUCUUGGGCAUUUUGUCCCCAACUACAUACAUAACGCAGAGGUGCAGCUACAAAAUCAAAGCUCCAUUGAAUUGCUUCCUAAGAAGCAGUAUGCAUUUGUGAUUGACAGAUGUCUCGUCAGAAGUGGCAGCUUACAGGUAGCGAAAUGACACUUGAGAUGUCAAGGGUGUCAAGAGAGCAGUUUCUAGAUUAAUUCAAUCUAUUCUUUGAUUUUUAUGCUUUUUUACGUAGCUCUGAGUUCUUAUGAAGCACAGUUGCUUGGUGUCUUUGUGUGUCCUGUUGCUGGUGGGGAGGAAAGAAUGAUCAUGCAUGAAGGUCCUCAGAAAUGCAGUUGCAAUGUCAAUUGCUGGAGCUUUCCUGAAUUAUUACAGUAUCUUGUUGGCUAAGUUAAUUUCAUUCCUGGGAAGGAGGCUGUUUUGUGAGGAUUUCAGUAAAUCAGGAGUACUUAUUAAAUGUAGGAACUGAUCCUACUCCCACUGAAUUAAAUUAGAGCAGAUUUGAAGCUCUAGUGUAUUUUGCAAAUGAUAUUACGGGAUUUUUAUGCAUCUGAAAGCAAGGAUGAUGGUGGUGUUAUACAGUAAAUGUAAUUUCCAGAGAAAGGAACCUGACACUGGUUUCCAAACAACUCGUGAGCUAUUCUUAUUAUCCUGAGUAGAUGUGUGCUUUUAAAUUCGUUGGAUGCGUCUAAAUGAGCAUUAACAUCGAAAGACUGAGUAAACAUCAGUGUUUGUAUUUUAACUUUUUGUAGGACAAGGAAGGUCUACAGUGGUUUCCUUGCUUUAAACUAAAUUCUUUGACAAUCACAAUGCUAUUUUAUCUCUUCUUUGUGACUUCUUUUUAUUUUAAAUAAUGUAAAAUCUAUGUUAUCCAAGAGUACCUAAAACUAACUUUGUAGUGGCUUAUUUGUAUUACCUCAACUGUAAUGUAACUGUUUAAUGUAACCACAUAGGAUUUCAUACUUUCAUAAAAUGAAUUGGUAGAUUUGCAAAAUAAAUUUUAACUAAAGCCUU